AGCUUCCAGAACGCGACGUCUCCCUCUCCUAACUCAACCUCAGCGACGCCAUGGAUAUCCACCGCUGCCGGUUCGUACACUACCCCCCUUCGACGAUUAAUGCGCUCGCAUUCUCCAAAUCGCAUAUUACCGAAAAGGAGAAAACAGCUCCCCCAAGGCUUGCGGUUGGACGUGCUAAUGGCGAUAUCGAAAUUUGGAAUCCAUUGAAUGGAUCAUGGUUGCAGGAAACGACAAUUCGAGGCGGGAAGGAUCGCAGUAUAGAUGGGCUUGUCUGGACCCAGGAUCCAAAUGAGGAGAAUCAUGGCAGUACGAUAAUUGGUAAAUCGAGACUUUUCAGCAUUGGUUAUACCACAACCGUCACGGAAUGGGAUCUGGAAAAAGGUGUACCCUUACGCCAUGUAAGCGGGAAUCAUGGCGAAAUCUGGUGUCUUGCGGCGCAACCUCCGCUUGUGCCGGAAAAGAGAAAGGAAGGAAAAACUGCUGGUCAAUGGGAAGGGCAGAAUCUUAUUGCAGGUUGCUCAGACGGAGCUCUGGUGGUUUACUCAACCAAGGACGAGAAUCUCCAGCUACAGAAAGUUCUUAUCCGACCAUCAUCAAAGAGGGCCAAGAUAAUUAGCGUCACUUUCAAAGACCGCAAUAUUGUUGUUGCCGGUGGUUCGGAUAGUACGAUCCGCAUCUUCGAUAUUCGAAACGGCGCAUUACUGAGGAGCAUGUCAUUGGGCGCAGGACCGGCUGGGGGACCAAAGGAAAUUAUUGUGUGGUCGGUCAAGGUGCUCAAUGAUGGAACAAUUGUGUCUGGUGACUCGACUGGAGAAUUGAGAAUUUGGAAUGGAGAACUAUAUACCCAACAACAGAGGAUCAAAAGCCAUCGACAAGAUAUUCUCAGUUUGGCAACAAGCGUCGAUGGGGGGAGCAUCAUUUCUGGUGGUAUGGAUAGAAGGACCGUGGUAUACAAACAAGUUGGAAAAGGAAAACUAAGAUGGGCGGAGGCAUCGCAUAGAAGGUAUCAUAAACAUGAUGUUAAAUCCAUGGCGAGUUUUGAAAGCAGCAACAUGAGUGUUGUCGUUUCUGGAGGUAAUUCUGCACCUUCUCUGAGUCAAGCCUUUCUAACUUUGUAGGUCCUGAUGCUUCACCAAUGGUUAUGCCACUCAGCAAGAUUGGUUUCGAGAACCAGCGAGCGCUACCUUUCCUCCCACAAGAACCAAUUAUCCAAAGCUCAACUAAAUUAAGAUUGAUGAUGAGCUGGUGGGAUAGAGAAAUCAAUAUUUGGCGUCUUGGUAAAUUUACAAAGCCAGUCGCGAAUCCGGAAGUUGAAGAGGAUCAAGUAGCACGGGAUCGAAAAUUAGUGGCCAAAAUCUUGAUUAAGGGUGAAGCAAAUAUCACCUCAGCAUCUUUGAGUACAGAUGGCAGUUUGCUUGCUGUGGCCACUGCCGAAGAGAUCAAAAUGUUCCAGCUUAGGCAGCGGAAAUCAGAAGACGGGGAAGGUUUGAGAGUGUCCAAAGUCACCGUUCCUCUUGCCUUUUCUUCUGGAGCACGAAUGGUCCAAUUCUCACCCAACGGGCAAUGGCUUUCCAUCAUCCGGUCCGAUAGUAAGAUUGCUGUGGCACGAAUUAUAUCAGGCAACACUUCCGCGUCAUCUGUCACUAUCCACCCUCAGAUUUCAAAGCUACGCCGCAUCGAUCGAGAAGUUUCAAAAAACAUCCGUCUUGGAGGUCUUGGCAGUUACGAUAGAACUAUCUCUCAAAUAGCCUUUUCAUCUGAUGACAGAAUAUUGGCUGCCAGCGACCUCUCUGGUUACAUUGACACGUACAUUCUAGCCGGAGACGAAGACCUCACCUCAGAAAGUCCUGCGUUCGAAGAUGCCGCGUCAUCUGAGUCUUCAGAUUCGGACUCGGAUAGUGAUAGUGAUUUUGAGUCGUCCAAGUCAAAAGUCUUGAUCUAUGGUCAGCAAUGGACACGCAAUCCAUCCACCAUUCUCCUUCCCCGUCUAUCCUCAACUCCAACCAUUCUCUCAUUCAGACCCGCCACUUCCCAAAAACAGCUUACAAAUGGCCUCACACCGCAUCCGACACGCAGUACUCCACAUCCCAUUUCUAAUACCGUUCCGACCACCACUGUAACCGAAGACCGUCUCCUUAUUGUCACCGCUGAAAUGUCCAUCUUUGAAUUCCACGUCCUUGCCGGCUCACUCACUCCAUGGUCCCGCCGAAAUCCUACCUCAACCUUACCAGAUGACUUCCGAAAACUUAAGGAUCUAGCCAAAGGCUGUCUCUGGAAUGUCAACAGUGAGCGUUCCCGAGCCUGGAUUUACGGAGCCCAAUGGAUGUGGAUGAUCGACCUAAGAUUUGACUUCCCACUUCCGGAUUCCAGUAAAGGAAACGGAAACUCCUCAGAAGAUGGAGCAGUAAGUAAACCAACCACCAAUAGACGAAAACGUAAACAUGGUAAGGACUCCGGAGCCGGUGGUGCGAUCCCAGAUUCCCAGCUAGGGACCGGUAUUUCCCGUAAAAUGCAGCGUCUUAUCCACGAAGAAGUGGAAGAGAAUCGAGAUAUCUUCGUCUCUCCGUUUGAUGAUGAGAUGGAUAUCGAUGAGGAUGAGUCCAAUCCUUCGGCUCUUGAGAGAUUAAGACGUGAAUCUUUGGUUGGGCAGGAGAGGAAUGAAAAUAAGAGUUCGGUGUGGCAUACUUACAAGUAUCGACCUAUUUUAGGUGUUGUGGUUCUAGGUGAGGAAGAGGGCCAGGGGAUUAUGAAGGGAAAAGGUGCCUUGGAGGUUGCUAUCGUGGAGAGGCCUCUCUGGGAGGUUGAAUUACCUCCUAGGUUCUAUGGAGACCAGGAGUGGGAGAAGGGGGGUGUUGAUAGGCUUUAGUUUCUUGUCUGGCGAAAUUUUGUGUUUAAUACUUGCUUGGAAGGGAUAUUUGAAAAAGCAGUUUUCUUGUGUUGCAUUGCAGGGCGUUAUUUACUUUUCUUCCUUUCUUUGGUUGUAUGUGGAUAAGUUAUCUAUAGGUAGUGGUGAUGUUCGAAAAUAUCAG